AGCAAAUCAUGGCGGAAGAUCAAGAAUAUGGUGCACUGGUCCCCAUUUGUGAUGUCUUUCAAGAAGAAGUACCCUUGGAUCCAGCUCGCAGGACACGCAGGUAGUUUCAAGGCAGCAGCCAACGGCAGGAUCCUGAAGAAGCACUGUGAGUCGGAGCAGCGCUGCCUCGACCGCCUGAUGAACGACGUCCUGAAGCCCUACGUCCCAGCCUACCACGGCGACGUUGUCAAGGACGGAGAGCGAUACAACCAGAUGGAAGAUCUGCUGGCUGAAUUUGACUGCCCCUGCGUUAUGGACUGCAAAAUGGGAGUCAGGACAUACUUGGAGGAGGAGCUGAUAAAGGCCCGGAAGAAGCCAAGCCUGAGGAAGGACAUGUACCAGAAGAUGAUCGAGGUGGACCCUGAUGCCCCCACAGAGGAGGAGAACGUGCUGCGGGCAGUAACCAAGCCCCGCUACAUGCAGUGGAGGGAGACCAUCAGCUCAACAGCCACACUGGGCUUCAGGAUUGAGGGGAUAAAGAAAGAGGAUGGCACUGUGAACAGGGACUUCAAGAAGACACGGACAAAGGAACAAGUCAUGGAGGCCUUCAAGGAGUUCACCAGAGGAAACCGCAAUGUUUUGAACAGCUACCUUAACCGGUUGAAGGGCAUCCGCGCUACCUUGGAGACAUCUCCCUUCUUCAAGUGCCAUGAGGUAAUCGGAAGCUCCCUCCUCUUCAUUCAUGACAAGAAGGAACAGGCCAAAGUCUGGAUGAUUGACUUUGGGAAAACCACCCCGCUGCCAGAGGGACAAGUUCUCCAGCACAACGUGCCCUGGGUGGAAGGGAACAGAGAGGACGGCUACCUCUGGGGACUGGACAACCUCAUUCAGAUCCUGACAGAGUUGUCCCAGAGCGAAGACUUGCAUUAAAACCGCGCGUCCGUCUCUGCCACUACCCCCAACCUGUCCCUGACUGACUCUUCUGAACUGCACUACAAGACACUUUCCAGCCCUGGCCCGUCCCAUUUGAAAGCUAUACUCUCCCUAUU